GUUUGAUGCCAAGAGGUUGUAUUGUGUUGUUCACUCCAACAUGUUAAGCUAUAGGAGGAUAAUCAUGUCAGGCCGCCCUGUGCCUAUCGUUGUUCAGAACAAUGAUAGUCGAGAGUUCGAGCUGGACGAAGACGCCCUCAAAAACGUUCUGUUGAGUCCUGACGUGGGCGACAAACCGGUCUGUGUGGUAGCCGUGGCGGGGGCGUUCAGGCAGGGCAAGAGCUUUCUUUUGAAUCACCUAGUGAAGUACUGCGAGAAUAAAGGCUCACCUAACUGGUUAGGAGAUCCAUCGCUGCCACUUGAAGGCUUCGCCUGGCGAAGCGGCAUUGAGGGAGAGACAACCGGGAUUUACAUCUGGAGCAAGCCUUUCGUCUUCACCAAACCGUCUGGAGACGAAGUGGCAGUGAUUCUUAUGGACACUCAAGGAACGUUUGACUGCGAAACAACGAUGCAGGAUUCAACCUUCAUCUUCGCCCUGACGCUGUUGACCUCCUCCGUGACUGUGUACAAUCUGAUGCACAACAUCCGCGAGGACGACCUCAUGAACCUGCAAACGUUCUGCACCUUCGGGACCAUGGCGCAGAACUCCACCAACCAAAACUCCUGUGCAUUUCAGAAGCUACUCUUCCUGGUACGAGACUGGAACUCCCCAAAGCAGUAUCCAUACGGCCACCAGAGCGGAAAAACUGUACUCGACAAAAUUUUGACGGCCGGGGACAUUAACAACACAAGAUUUAUUUACUUGGUGGUACCGAGACCGUUUAACGCCUUGCCGAUGGAACUGGGAGUGGGAGAGUCCACUCUGGAGACCUCCAAGAGACUGGACGUGUUCCUCGACACAAUCUCUGAUCCUUCUGCGCCACUACCAGAGGCAGGGAGCUAG